AGUUACGCGUUCUGUUUGGUCUAGAGUCUACAGUCACUGUAGACUCUAGACCAAUCAGAACGCGUAACUGUUUACAGUCGCUUGCGUCACUUGAAAAAAAAUCUCAUUAGCAGCCUCGCAAAAAUCGCAUUAGCCCCGUAUUUGGACCCCCCGACUUUCGCUCAUUACUUUAUUCGUAUAUCAUUCAUUGUCUUGGGAUUUGGUGGAAGUUAUCUGAGACCCUUGGAGACCUUAACCAACGUUUUUGUUUUGUGCGAAUUGGUCUAGUUUUUCUCUUGAUCGAGCCAUUUCGGAGACCCACUGUUACGAUCUUGCUGAGUUUACUGUCACUGUCAGUUUUGUAUGUCAAUGAAGAUGGCGAGCCCAGUAAUCCGCGUAAUCAACCCAGAUGCCCCUCCAUAUCGUCAGCAGGCCGUAUUGGUGGCGACAAAGAGGCCCGUUACUAUCGGGAGAAAAGGAUGCUCUUUCCCAAACCUCCACAGGAGCUGCGGAACCAGGCUACAGCCUUGGCUCAUGCAGAGAAGCUCCUUCGAGCGGAGGGUAUCCACACUCCUUCGCGUCAGCUGUGCCUGGGAAAGCUGGUGAAGCUCCUUCGAGCGGAGGGUAUCCACACUCCUUCGCGUCAGCUGUGCCUGGGAAAGCUGGUGAUACCAUUUGGCCAGUAUGAAAACGCAUCUUUUCACUGGCUUGUGGAAAACGAUGUGGGCUACUUGAAGUAUAUACUUGACAAGCACAGAUCAGAGGAGACCACUCAACAUAGGGAGGGAGAGAGAGUGAACCAGGGAGUGAAAGACUACCUCAAUGAAUAUGCAGAGAGUUUCCCACAAGUCUGCAUUCUCCUGGAGGCCAACAUCGACAGGUGUAUUUACGGUCAGAGAGGGUUUGAGGAAAGCACCUUUCAGGAGAUGUGGACUCUCUACAGCAAGUACCCCACCCAAAAGGACAGGCCAGAGCUAUUCAGUGAGGAGGAGAAGGAGAUAAUAAAGAAAGCAUACAGUUCUGUGAGGAGGUGGCUGCACACACCAGUGACCCACAUCACAAGUGUGCAGAUGAAGCGGUUCAGGAAAUAUAUUGUUGACAAGGAGCAACAACCGCAGGCAAGCACCUCCAAGUGUGAUCCUUCAUCAUGGCCAGGGGACGACAGUGAACUGUUAGCUGCAAGCCAGGCUGUUGAAGACACAAUCAAACAGUUCGAGCCCCCUGUCCGGCCCAAGCAGCCCGAGCCGCCUGUCCGGCCCAAGAAGCUUGAACCCGCUGUCCGGCCCAAGAAGCCCGAGCCCGCUGUCCGGCCCAAACAGCCCGAGCCCCCUGUCCGGCCCAAACAGCCCGAGCCCCUGGCCAACCUCACAGAGUCCCCGUCCACAGCACAGGAUCAUGAGGGUCAGCCUUUUCCCACGGAAUCACCUCUGAGUGACUCCCCUGUGGAGCUAGAGGGUUGGGUGCGUCUGUGGGAAAACCCCAAUGGCAUCCCAUCUGCAGACAUUUCCUGGCUCAAAGACCACAAUGAAAGAGGGCUGUUCACACCCGUUCAAAUCUAUAAGGACAAAAGUGGUCUGUUCAGGAGGCGACGGGUGAUGAAAUCGGACCGCAUGUGGUUUUACCCAGAAGAACCUCCCGGCUACGUCAGGGGUGCCCCGCCAACUCCACAACAGUUUUUUCGGAGUCGUGUUUUUGUGUGGCGUCCUGUUGGAGUGUGGAGGUACUCCCUGAAGUGUCCUCGAGGGGAUCAGUGUCUGGGUAGAGGACGGAACGUGCACCUCUACAAGUCUGGCUAUCACCACCGGGUACGUCACAUCUGUGACGUGUCCACCUGGUACACCAUGCUCACUGAGGUCCUGUGCUGUGGACCAUGUACAAAAGCGGCCAGAAGCGGAGAAGGUGGCACAAUGGGUCGGUGGCUUGCGUGGGAUGCCGCUAUUUUGUCCCAGCUUAGCGAGGCUCACCAAGCUAUGUUCCCUGCCAUCCUCACCAGCAAGCGUGGCGUGGAUAGGACUGUUGUGCGCCUUCUGAGGGACCGGACGGAAGGGAACACCAUGGUCAAGGUGUGGCGGCAGAUACAGGAGAACCACGUUGAAGAGUACCUUCAGCGUAAGGACCUGUACACCACACUCCUCAUGACUGUCGUGAAACCUGGAGGGAUCGUUUCUGCACUAAGGCACACUUUCCAGGCUCCACCUCCUCCAAGAGAGCUCCCUUCCGCGCGGCUCCUGCGCCACGCCUUCCUGCUGGCGGAGGCCAACAACGUGCAGGAUUACCGGAGCCAGAUCCUCUCCACUUUUGGCACUGUGCUGAAAAUGGAUUCCACCAAGAAAGUGGUGAAGAAGCUGUCUGGGGAGGGUGGAGGCUCAGCUGAGUGGUUCACCAGCAUCGGAAACGAGCACUCCCAGAUAGUUUCAUUUGUGCUGACCUGUGAGGAGUCCACAGAGAAGCUGAAACCGAUGUGCCUUGGGGUCAUGGAGAGGUUCCGGCUGGCCAAUCAACCAGUCCCAAAAAUUAUAUACGUGGACCGUGGGUGUUGCCGCGCGAGGGGAUGCGCCGUAGAGUAGUGCAAUUGCCCCUGAUCGUGAUUGGCUGGAAGUUUGGAGCGUGGGCUAAGUAAUUAUAUGGUGUUUGUCAGUGUGUGAGUUAAACAGAAUUAAUUGAACUUCAGGACAGAUUGAACUGAUAGAUGGCAAUAACUGCUUCCAUGCCUCCUAUUUAGUUUUUUCCCAAGGAAUUUAAUGUUGUUUUGUGGCUUUACCUUUUCUACUAAAAUAUGUGCAAAAUGA